AUGACGGAUAACCAAUCUGCCGAGGUCGACAUAGACAAUAUCAUUGACCGGCUCCUCGAAGUGCGUGGCUCGCGUCCCGGCAAGCCCGUGCACCUGGAGGAGUACGAGAUCAAGUAUCUGUGCUUGACAGCGCGUGACAUUUUCAUCAACCAGCCGAUUCUCCUGGAGCUCGAGGCUCCGAUUAAGAUUUGCGGUGAUAUUCACGGCCAGUACUACGAUUUGUUGCGUCUGUUUGAAUACGGUGGCUUCCCGCCGGAGAGCAACUACCUGUUCCUGGGUGACUACGUGGACCGAGGGAAGCAGAGUCUCGAGACCAUCUGCCUGCUGCUCGCGUACAAGAUCAAGUACCCGGAGAACUUCUUUAUUCUGCGUGGCAACCACGAGUGCGCAAGCAUUAACCGCAUCUACGGUUUCUACGACGAGUGCAAGCGUCGCUAUAACAUCAAGCUGUGGAAGACGUUUACGGACUGCUUCAACUGCUUGCCGAUCGCUGCUAUCAUUGACGAAAAGAUCUUUACGAUGCACGGUGGUCUUUCGCCCGAUCUGCAGAGCAUGGAGCAGAUCCGCCGCGUGAUGAGGCCGACGGAUGUGCCGGAUACCGGUCUUUUGUGCGACCUGCUCUGGUCGGACCCUGACAAGGAUAUCUCGGGCUGGUCGGAGAACGACCGUGGUGUGUCGUUCACGUUUGGUCCGGACGUCGUGUCGCGGUUCUUGGCAAAACAUGAUAUGGAUUUGAUCUGCCGUGCUCACCAGGUGGUCGAGGAUGGCUACGAGUUCUUUGCGAAGCGGCAACUUGUCACUCUGUUCUCCGCGCCCAACUACUGCGGCGAGUUUGACAAUGCUGGUGCAAUGAUGAGCGUCGACGAGACCUUGCUUUGCUCCUUCCAGAUUCUGAAGCCCGCUGAAAAGAAGCAAAAAUACGCGUACGGGGGUAUCAAUAUGGGGCGGCCGGUUACGCCGCCCCGUAAGCAGAAGAAGAAGGGCUCUGCGUAA